UUUCUCGCAAGCAAACUGAGAGACGAAGAGUGUGUGAACAAUUCGCCCUGUUGCGGUGUACAUUUUUUGUUCCCUACUACUGCUCGUGUACUGCUCGUUAAUGCAUAUAUAUUUUUUUGAAAGUUGUAGAAGCACCAUCUCGGGAAGUGUUAAUCCUUGAUAUUGUAAAAAAAAAGAAGCACACAGUGACUGUGAUUGAUGACAAUUUAACUAAAUUCAUUUAUAUUAUCAUUUCGAUUGACUGGCUGAGUUACAUGCAUGCGCGUGGUUUUCGUAUUGCGUUGAUGCAUUCGCUAAUUUAAAAGUAACCGAGAAAAAAGAAAUCAUAACGCCCCCACCACAACACGUUAAGCAUGCUGAUUAAAUGCAAAAUUCAACGAAUCGAUAUGUAAUCAAUAACGGUUUAUUUUAUUUAUUUUUUCAUAAUAAAUUUCACGAAUAAACAAACGCAUAAACGAAACAUCAACAAACCCAUUUAAAUUUAUUAUUUGAAAAAAGAAAGAAAAAAGUGGUGAUUUGGACAAAAACACAUGUAUUGUGCAAAAAAAAAGAGGAGAAAAAAUUUCUCGUCGAAAGAAAGAAAAAUGAAUCAAGUUAUCUAAAUGAGUUCAGUGAAAAUAUAUAAACCUAUCAUUUUGUAGAAAUAAUGAGUGCGUUUUUGUAAUUAAAAAAAGAAGAAGAAGAAGCAAAGGAGAUAUAAUUGAACGACAUAGAAAUGAACGACACCGUUAUGAUGGCAAUAAAUGGAAAUCGCAGUACCGAAUUUCAAGUGCGUCAUUUGAUACAUUCUCAACCACAUCAUACUCAGGAUUAAAUUUAUUGUUCAAUUUUCACUUCAAUUGCACAAUGGAAUUUGGAUUCAAAAUUGAAAGUUCAACCACCCGAUUUUGUUCACCACCUUAUUAUCAAUGAACAACGAUAUGGAUUAAAAUACAAAAAUAAAUUCGUUUCAAAUGGUUUUUCGUUUAAAUAUCAACCAAAAGGCAAUAGUGAAAUAAAAGUGUGUUUGCUACGGUCAGUGAACGAAUUGAGAAAAAAGAAGAAGAAAUCAAACGAACUAACAAAAGAACGAUUGAAAAAAUAAAACAGCAGUAAAAAAAAAUUCAGUUUAGUUUCUAAUUUAUAGAGAAAAAAAAUUUAUAUAUUUAUAUCAAAAUGUCAAUGUUAGUGAUAUUAGUAUUGUUUGCAAUUUUCACAUCGGUAAUGCCGUGUGGUCCUGGACGGGGAAUUGGUGGUCCAAGACGUUUGCGUAAACUAACACCAUUAGUAUUUAAACAGCAUGUGCCAAAUGUUAGUGAAAAUACGAUAAACGCAUCUGGUCUGCAAGAAGGCAAAAUCACCAGAAAUCAUGAGAAAUUUAAGGAUUUUUCACCCAAUUAUAAUGAGGAUAUAAUAUUCAAGGAUGACGAAGGCACUGGUGCUGAUCGUGUUAUGACACAAAGAUGCAAGGAAAAAUUAGACACGUUAGCAAUAUCCGUAAUGAAUCAGUGGCCCGGUGUACGACUGCGUGUCAUUGAAGGAUGGGACGAGGAUGAUGCACAUGGCUUUGAGUCAUUGCAUUACGAAGGCCGAGCGGUUGAUGUUACGACAUCCGAUCGCGAUCGAAGCAAAAAUGGAAUGCUAGCACGUUUGGCCGUCGAAGCUGGAUUCGACUGGGUGUAUUACGAAAGCCGAGCGCAUGUUCAUUGCUCCGUUAAAUCAGAUUCAUCACAAGCCGCACAUCAAACGGGAUGCUUUACUGGUGACAGUACCGCAAAAUUGGUCACGGGUGAAACGCGCCUGCUCAGCGAACUUCGUAUCGGUGACCAAGUACUGAGCAUGGACGCCGAUGGUCAGCUGAAAUACAGUGAAGUGUACAUGUUCUUGGAUCGUGAUGCGAAACAAAAACGUGAAUUCAUUCGAAUCGAAACGGAAGAUGGUUCGGCCAUAACAGCAACACCAAGCCAUUUAAUUUACACAUGGCAGAGCAGCGACAACAGUGUUACGACCGUUAGCAGUGUAGCCGAUUUUCAAUUUGCCGAACGCAUACAAAUCGAUGAUUUUGUGCUAACCAAUGUAAAUGGAACGUUGGAACCGCGACGCGUCAAAAAAAUCACCGUCGAAUUGCAUCGAGGCGUUUAUGCGCCGCUCACCUACGACGGCACGAUAGUUGUCAAUUCAAUAGCAGCAUCUUGUUAUGCUCUAGUCGAAAAACAUUCAAUCGCUCACAUCAGUUUCGUACCGAUGCGAACGCUGCACCGAAUAGAAGAAUUGCUUGGCGUUGCCAAUGGCAUUAAUGCCAAUUUACCACGCGGCAUUCAUUGGUAUGCACGAGCACUCACCACACUUAAGGAUACAGUUUUACCAUCAAAAUGGUUUUAUCACUCAUGAAAUCACUAAAUAAUCAAUUAUAAGUAUUUUCUGUAAAUAGAUGGAAUAAAAAGAACAAACAAACAAACAAGCAAGCAAACAAGCAAAGGAAUAGACAUUUAAAACAUUUAUAUAUAUAUUUGUAUGUAUAUGUGCGUGUCAAGCGAUAGACAUAACAAUACCUAGACAAUAGGAUUAAUUAGGCAUUUUCAAUUUUCAAUUUUUUCUUUGUAAAUUUUUUUUUCAUGUCGUCUGCGUGUAAGUCUUGUUAGAUAAUGAUGUUAAGUAAAUUUAGUUGUUUAAAUCAAUUUAGAAUAUGACUGCAUACAGAAAAAAAACGAAAGAAAAAAAAAAUUAUUCAAUUUUCAAGUGUUGUUGGGAAAACAAUUAAAAAACAAACAAUGAACGAGAAUAAUGAAAAAUAAACAAAACUGCACCAGUUCAACUCGUUCGAAAUUUGCAUUUUUAGUUCGUUGAACUUUUUUUCUCCUUUCCACAUAACAUUCAGAGGUUCUUUAAGAAAAUGAGGAUUGAAGAUUCCAAAAUUGGUUUGAUUUACCUGUGAAGAAUGGUCAGGAUUGGUCUAGAUUUCCAUCUUGAACUAGGCACUCACAAUAUGGUUCUAAAGCCAGUGAAUCAAUAAAACGAUCCUCAUCUCCCUAUAAGCAGACUCAUUGAAUGGUAUCAAAGCUAAUGAAAUAUCACAAAUACGAAUCAAAGCUAGAUAAAUCAUGUAACGAUUCAGUGCUCGAUGAAUCAUAUUUUGAUUUCAAGGUGGAAAUCCAAUUCAUUUCAACUCCCUGAUGAACGCAGUGGCGCAUUUAGAUUUAGACACACAUUUUUAAGCGCAUUGAAAAAGUUUUCAAACUGAUUUAAAACGAAAAACUGCAAUCUGAAUUGAGCUAAGAUGUUCUCGGAGCGAGAACUGGUUUGCAAUUUGUUCAAAUGGAAAAUUUGAAUGAAUUUGCUGAAAUAUGUAUUUUCCAAACGAAAAAGAAACUUGUUCAUAUUUGAAAUGUCUUGCAAAGAAUUACCCUUAAAUGAAUAUCUAAUGUAUUUAAAAGUCCAGUGGCAAAUACUUAUUUAAAAGAAAGAAUACUAAUGUUCAUGUUCAGUGCAAAUGAACAUUGAACCAUUUCUCUUUCUCUCUCUCUCUCUCUCAUUAUUUAUAAUUUUUGGCAAAUUGUUGGACACACAUCAAUUGCAUCGGUAUUCAAUUACCGAUUUCCUGAAGAAAAUCAAAAAACACAAAGAUUAGCUUGUGAAAAAAAUGAACAACAACAAACAAUGUCGACCGAUCAAUAUGAAAACGAAAACAAAUUUUUAGUUUGAUAGCAUAAUAAAUUAAGGAAUCGACAAGAUUUAGCAUUAGAUAGGCAAACAAAUUUGUUAUUAAAAAAAAAAUUAUUCCUAUUAAUCUAUUUCGAAACUAAAUAAUUUAAACUAUUCUAUUUUAGAGCUCUUCAAAUUUUGUGUCAAAUAUGGGAUUUGUUUAAAAAAAAAAGAAGAGAAGAAUGAAACCGCAGUGUGUAUAUGGGCUCUGAAAUCGUUUCUAUUUUCAUCAAUUUCACAUACACUGAAUACAAAUAAUAUAAGUACGUGAAUGAACCAUUUCCCAACAUGAGAAUGAAUAUCGAACAAAUUCCAUAGAGAAGAAAGACGGAAAAUUCGCACAAUUUUUUUUAAAAUCAAAAGCCAUAGUUAUUUAAAACACAAAUAAACACACAAAAUUAGCCUAUACCAGUGAUGAAAUAAAAAGACAACCUAUAAAUCUUAUAAAAUGUAAUCAAUAAAGAAAAUCCGCAUCGGUAAUUCUUUGCCAGUAUUUGAAAUGUCAAAUGUUGCAAAGAAUGAUCUGUAUCGGACACACAUACACCACACACACACACACAACUAAAUCAUUCGAAUUGAAACCGAUCGUUUUGUUCAAUCAAACAUUUUAUUAUCAACAGGUCAACAUACGCAUUUAUAACGCCAGAGUGUCUUCUUUCUUCAAACACUUUGAGAAGCUGACGAUUUCGUCUCAUUUCGUAACGGCUUCGUUGCUGUUUAUUGUAACUUUGCAUUCGGAUCAUUUUCAUUCCGUAUAAACUUGCCAACAGGUGGAAUAUGGAAAGAAAAGUGCUUGUUAACCAGAGAAUGCCAAGAAGAUGAAAAAAAACGCGUGCAAAAUGACGGAUUCAUUCAUUUGCUUUCGUUAUGAAAUUCAAUGGUUUCAUUUUAUCUGUGCUCCGUAAACAAGAUGAAAUCCGAUUUACAACAUUUGUAUGUCACAAAUGAAGACUGGAUGUUGAUAAUUGAUCGAUUUACCCACGUACCAAACCGGUGUGCCAGGAAUAAGAAUAUAUGAUACAAUUUUACACUUAUUAGAACAUUAUAUGCACAUUUUGUACGCAUUUAUACUUUUACGAUGAUUAUAAAUAUGAUAACCUAUUCGCUCCCCCCCCCCUCCUGAAAUCUAAUUCUAAACAAUAAUAAUAUGUACAUAUUCUGUUAGAAAGUAAACACUUUUUUCUUUCUCCAAAAUCAAUUGAUGGAAUAUUAAAGCCUGUUCAAAUGUUUCAUUUUGUAAACGAAAAAAAAAAGAAGGAAAAACGAUAAACUAUCCUGUGAAUAUAUGCUUAAAUUGACUGGGAGUUGAUUGAAUAUAUCGAUGAAAUUUACAUCAAUUGUUGGUUUUUAUUUUAAAUGGCCUUAUCAAAAUUUGUAUAGAAAGAAAGAAACAUUUAGAACAUAAACAGGUAUUUAAAUCGUAGACGAUUUUGCUGACAACAACCCUAUUUAUUCAAUAGAUAAUGAGUUUUUAAAAUGAUAAUAUGGAAUAAUAAAGACAAACGUUUUAUAUCUAAA